AUGGAGAAGACCAGCUGGGUCACUGCUAACCAACUGCCGUAUUAUGGGAUUGUAUAUACAUGUAGUCUUCUCUUAGUUUUUUGUUUGCUGAUGCUGCCCUUGCUGGGUGCCCGGUACAUAGACUACUGCCCCGAGGGCUGGUCCUACUACAAACUCAGCUGCUUGAAGUACUUCUCUCAUCCCCAGACCUGGGACGAGGCUGAGAGGCAGUGCCAGGCCAGCCACCCAGGUGCCCACCUGGCGUGGGUGGAGGACCCCCAUGAGGCAGCCACCCUGCGCAAGCUCAUCGCCUACUACCAGCGAGUGCAGCCUGUCUGGAUCGGUCUCCGCUACGGGCUCCAGAGCCAGGUCUGGCAGUGGCCGUCUGGGGACAAGUACAAUGCCACCAGUGGGCUGUCUGGGAAUGGUGCCCGUGGGGGGGCCUGUGGCAUGCUGACCCACCACAGCGCCUUCUCCGUGUGGUUCAGCGCCAACUGUGCCCAGAAGCAUCACUACGUCUGCAAGUUCACCCCCUUACACUGA